AUGAAUAGGUCAUCUCGAUUAGAAAUAUUUCCCGAUGAACUUUUUCUUGAUUUAUUUUCAUAUAUUCCUCCAAUUGAAUUAUAUCAUGUAUGGUGUGGUCUUAAUUCUCGUUUAAAUUCAAUACUUCGUUCUGUUCGUAUUAGUUUUGAUUUAAUUGAAAAUACUUUAGCAAAUACUCGUUCUUUAAAUUAUUUUUCUCAACAAAUUAUUUAUAUACAUAUACAUGUGCCAUAUAAAUCACUUGAUUUAAGUCAAUUUUCUAAUUUACGUUCAUUAGUAGUUGAUACACAAUUAACACAUGAGCAACUGGAUGCUAUUCGACCAACUAUUUUACCACAUCUUGAACGUUUAAAUUUUUCUGAAUGGUGGGAUGAUAAAGUGCCAUUGAAUGAUGUGAUUUUCAAUAGAUAUUCUUCCAGUGAACAAAAUAUUCCAUGGAUUAAAGUUUGUCGUUUACCGUCAGUACCAAAAUAUUUUUUAUGCAAUACACAAAAUCUAUCUUAUAUUCACACAAUGAUUUUUAAUCGAAUACAUCCAUCGGAUAUGAAUACAAUUUUAUCUUUACCAAGUUUAUUACGUCGUUUAAAAGUAACUUUAGUCCGAUGGAUGCCUGAUACUUCAUUAUCGAAAACAACUCUUCCAGAAAAUUAUCAACAUAAACAUUUAAUUCAUUUACAUGUAACUAUGAAUACAUGUAAUAAAUUAGAUGAUUUAUAUCCAUUAUUAUCUCAUUUACCAUAUUUACGCUAUCUUUAUAUAGCAUGUGAUAGUUUAACUUUAUAUGAUUUUGAAAAACUUGCUUUAGAACUUAGUACACGUGUACCAUGGUUACAACGAUUUUAUUGUUCAUUUAAACAAACGUAUAUUAAAGAUAUAAAACAAUUACAUCGUAUGAGUCCAUUAUUUCGUCAUAUGAGAUGUAAAAAAGUAGAAUGGAGUGGUGGAUGGCAUUAUUAUUGUGUGACAACUGAAAAUAUCUAA